CGACUUUUCUCAUUUCCCCGUUCUCUCUCUCAAUCUCACACGUCAGCCGAGCGGCGUACCACCUCGUCCUCUUCCUCCUCGUGCACAGUGCGAAGAGGAAAGGAGAGUCGAGGUGUUGCUGAUGAACUUGAGCAGGCUUCCGUCCAAAGCACCAGCUCCAGCGAGAUCACUCAGCCACCAGAGGUCCUGUUUCGUAGCGCAACGCCGGGUCCUCAUGCCAAGUCGAGAUUUUGGGAGGAAAGGCCGGAAUUUGGCGAGGGGAGAGUGACGAUUGAGGCAAGAACUUGCGCAGGAGAGUGCAUUUUACUUGGGCUCGGUGCGUACGGCUGAAAGGUUCGUUCUUGCGCAUAGUCUCUUUGCUAAUUCGAGCAAUGCGGAUUUUUUGCAACAAAAAAGCUACUAUUUGUGGCUGGGAAGUCGCGUGCUAGGGUUGGAUUUUGCUGUUAACGGAAAGAAUUUUUGCUCUUAAUUUGAGAUUAGAAGUGUGGAUGAGAAACGCAAGGGGUUUUAUCUGAGUAGGGUUUUGUUUCCUUCAUCGCUUUUGUGGAUCUCAAAGCCAGAUGGGUACUUCUGCAUCCAAACCAUCUAAAAAUGGCGUUUUGCUUCUCUGCAAAGAUCGCAUAGAACACACAAAGCUGGCCAUUGAUUCAAGGUAUGCUCUAUCGGCAGCCCACCUCUCGUACAUCCAAUCUCUUCGCAGUGUUGGGGCUGGCCUCAGGAAGUUUGCAGAGGCCGACCUUUUGCUCGAAUCAUCACUGUCUACUUCUGAAGUCGAGAAAUCUCCAUCUCAUUCCUCGUAUGCAUCACCAUCGCCUUCAGGGCUUGUAGAGUGUGUUGGUUCCCCAUUAAGUGCAAGUCCAUUGACGCCUACAGCUGCCAAUAUGAGCUAUAUGAGGGCAACAGGGGUCUCUUCCGUAAGUGUGACACUUGAUCAUCAAUCAGCAACUCAUUUUUCCGAAGAAGAUUCUCUUACUUUCCCCCUCCCACCUCCACCGCCACCGCCUCUUGAUAUCUAUUCAUCAUGGGAUUUCUUUGGUCCUGCAGGGGUCACUGGCAAAGUCAGUGCGCCAACUGCAGAAUCCCAUCAGAGCUUGGAAGUUAAUAGGAUGAUAGGUUUGAGACAGAUAAAGGAGGUGGAAGAAGUCAUUCCUUUCAAAGAAGAGGGACUUGAUAUCUACAAAAAGAAGACGAUGGACAAAUCUUACUUGGAGAUAACAAAUCAAGAACCCCAGUCCACAGGAUUGAUAGAGGAAAAGAGUCAUAAGGAUAGAGGAACGAGGUCUGCUUCCACUGCUUUCAGUGGGUCAGUUGAUGCUAUAGCUACGAUUGCUGGAUCUGAUCCACGUGGGUCAACUGUAAAGAAUGCAACUCUGCCUAAAGAACUAUGCCCAGAAAGGGAGGACUUUUCUGAGUUCAUUACACAUCGAGCUAAAGAUUUUGUGUCCAGUAUGAGGGACAUUGAGAACCGAUUUCUUCGUGCUGCUGAAGCUGGUGAUGAGGUUUCAAGGAUGCUUGAGACGAAGAAGAUCAGGCUUGGCAUCUCUACUGAGACAAUAGGUAGACCUCAUGCUUACCAAGUUUUGGUGAUAUUAAACCAGGUUUGUUGUACAGGAGAAACUUCCCAGAAGCAGGGAGGUUCUAACCAGAAUGCUGUGAAAAUCAUCACUUGGAACCGUUCCAUCUCCUCUCUCUCAUCAUCAUCCAAAAGUCCUCUUGCAAAAGCUACAAAUGAUGAUGCUGAAGACACCGGUAGUGAUUUUGUUGAUGAGUUUUCUAUGAUCUCAGGAAGUCACUCAUCCACACUCGAAAGGCUAUAUGCAUGGGAGCGAAAACUAUAUGAUGAAAUCAAGGCUAGUGAACGUAUCAGGCGGGUGUAUGAUCAGAAGUGUAACCAACUAAGGCAUCAAAUUGCCAGAGACUUAAGCACAAAACUAAUCGACAAAACCAGAACUGUUGUCAAGGACCUGCACUCUCGAUCGAGGGUGGCCAUUCAUUCAGUCGAUUCAAUUUCAAAAAGAAUUGAGAAAAUGCGAGAUGAAGAAUUACAUCCACAACUGAUGGAGCUUGUACAAGGGCUGAUAAGAAUGUGGAAAGCAAUGCUCGAGAGCCAUCAUACUCAAUUCAUUAAAAUAUCAUUAGCUUACUAUGCGAAGACAUCGGCAGUUGCAACACAAAGUGAAGUUUACAAGCAGGCUUUAGUCCACCUAGAACGUGAACUUGAAUACUUCAGCUCUCGCUUUGCGAAUUGGGUCGACGCUCAUAAGUCCUAUGUGGAAGCACUCAAUGGCUGGCUUCAAAAAUGUAUUUUGCAACCUCAGGAACGCAGAAAGGGAAGGAAGAAGCCACUUUUUCCACCUCGUCAAGCCAUUUCUCCUCCGAUAUUUGUAGUUCUCAGUGACUGGCUUUCAGGGCUCAACUCAAUUCCUACUGAAGAACUUCUCGACUCAAUCAAGGGCACUGUGUUGGUUAUUCACGAUGCACUAGAGCAUCAAGUAGAAGAUAAUAAAGCAGGGAAAGUACCCGAUGAACCGGAAAAAAUAGGAGAACCCGAUAGCAAGGGAGAAGUUAGUUGCAAAAGACAUUUAAACUUGGAUGGCUUGCAAACAAGUUUAACAUGUGUAUUUGAUAGGCUGACAAAGUUCUCAGAGGCCGCCCUGAAAGUUUACGAAGAUGUUAAGCAGAGUAACGAGAUAGCGUGCAUUGCUUAUUCAAAUGCUGGGAUGAGGUACCUGCUUUAGAUUCUCCUCUGUAACAUGAUUAUUAUUGCUUAUCAGUCUAUGUUUUUGCUAUGCAUGUCGAAAAUCUAUGGUUGUAAAUGAGGAACUGCAAAUUCUUUUGUUGGUUCAGCCAGCCUGAUGCUCUUAUGUGGUUUUACUAAGUUUGAGGAUUUUGCUAAUUUGGGAUGAACUGUUGGUGGCCUUUGGUUUA